AUGUGGGUUUUUGGUUACGGGUCCCUGAUCUGGAAGGUGGACUUCCCCUAUCAGGACAAGCUGGUCGGACGCAUCACAGGCUACAGCCGGCGUUUCUGGCAAGGCAGCACAGACCACCGCGGAGUCCCGGGCAAGGGCUGUGUAUGGGGUGUUGCUUACAGACUGCCAGCAGGAAAGGAAGAAGAAGUAAAAGCGUACCUUGACUUCAGAGAGAAAGGAGGCUACAGGACCACAACAGUCAUUUUUUAUCCAAAAGAUCCCACUACAAAACCAUUCAAUGUGUUGCUAUAUAUUGGAACACAUGAUAAUCCUAAUUACCUUGGUCCUGCACCUCUGGAAGAUAUUGCUGAACAAAUCUUUAAUGCAGCUGGUCCAAGUGGAAGAAAUACAGAAUAUCUUUUUGAACUUGCAAAUUCUAUUAGGAAUCUUGUGCCAGAAGAUGCAGAUGAGCAUCUUUUCUCUUUGGAAAAAUUAGUAAAAGAACGUUUAGAAGGAAAACAGAACCUCGACUGCUUAUAAAGACCUAAUCAUUGACUUUUCCAGAGAAGCAGAACUUUUAGUCUUCAAAAAUAGUUGCACUGCACAAUGACAAUAUGAUUUGGAAACAUAUUUAAUUGAAGAUCUUAUUUAUUUUCAAUGUUGUAGUCAAGAUAUCAUCAAAAUUUAUAGCUAAUUCCAAGUGUCCUGAAACACAUAUAUAUUCAAAGUAUAGGGUAUAGUUAAAGAAAAAAUUCAAUUGUAUAUUGAACACUUGAUCAUGAGAAGUAGUUUAGAAAAAUACAAGAAAUUUCACAUCUUGUUUUUUAAUCAGAGUAAAAAUAAUUUUGUUCUUUCAUAUGACAAUACUAUUUUGAAGUUGUAGAGAAUUAAAUAAAAAAUCCAAUAAAUAUAAUAAGGUAUACCUUCAAUAUAUUCCUAUGCAAUAAUUCUGUUACAUGGUUUAAAAUAUACAAGCUGAAAAUAUGUGUGAUUACAAAUAUAUAGUAACUAGAGGCCUGGUGCACAAAAUUCGUGCACUGAGAGGGGGGUCCCCUCAGCCCAGUCUGCGCCCUCUCGCAGUCCAGGAGCCCUUGGGGGAUGUCCAACUACCGGCUUAGGCCCACUUGGACAUCCCUCUCGCAGUCCAGGAGCCCUCGCUCCUUACCGCCCACCUGCUCGCUGCUCCUUAUCACUCGGCUCGCUGCUCCUUAGCACUGCCGCGGAGGCGGGAAAGGCUCCAGUCACCGCUGCUGCACUCCCCAGCCAUGAGCCCGGCCCCUGGCUGAGCAGCGCUCCCCCUGUAGGAGCGCACUGACCACUAGGGGGCAGCUCCUGUGUUGAGCGUCUGCCUCCUGGUGGUCAGUGCACAUCAUAACAACCAGUUGUUCUGGUCAUUCUGCCAUAACAGUUGCUUAGGUUUUUAUUAUAUAGAUAAGAUUUCAGCUUUGAUUAGAAAUUUCCUUGUUCAGUUAUUAAAUAAUAUCCCUUCCAAAUUUAAGGCCCCCAAAAUUAGCAUGUUUAAUAUAAAAAUUUCCUAUGCUUCUCUUUUUUAAAUAAAUGCAUUUUACUACAUGGAAAAAAACUCAGCUAAAAAAGCACAAAUAACAUAAUAUAAAUCCACUAACAAUGUAAUCUGUCAUUCACUUUGUAUUAAUCUUAGAGUAAAAUGUUUAAAAGAUGGGUAUUCUAAUAUUUUAAAUUAACAGACAUAUUAAGUGAAAGUCUGGUGUUUUGAUAUUUUUUUAAAUAUAUCUUAUUGAUUUCAGAGAGGAAAGGAGAGGGAAAGAGAGAUAGAAACACCAAUGAUGAGAAAGAACCAUUGCUCUGGCCGGCUUGAUUCAUUGGAUAGAGCAUCAGCCUAUGAACUGAAGGGUCCCAGGUUCGAUUCCGGCCAAGGGCACAUGCCUGGGUUGUGGGCUCGAUCCCCAGUAGAGGGUAUGCAGGAGGCAGCCAAUCAAUGAUUCUCUCUCAUCAUUGGUGUUUCUAUCUCCCUCUCCAUUCCUCUGAAAUCAAUAAAGAAAUUUAAAAAAAAAAAAAGAAAAGAAAGAACCAUUGGUCAACUGUCUCCUGCACGCCACCCACUGGGGGUCGAGCCCACAAGCCAGGCAUAUGCCCUUGGCCGGAAUGGAACCUCGGACCUUUCAGGCCACAGGGCAAUGCUCUAUCCACUGAGCCAAACCAGCUAGGGCAAAAGUUGGUGUUUUUAAGGUCUUUUAGAAUUAUAAAUUUUAAGUAAAAAAAAUGGCAUUGAGCGGAUUUUUUAAAAUAGUUGUUUCUACUUCUACUCCAGGCCAAUCAUUUGCUAUACAGAUUUUUUCCCCUUCUGUCUUGUCACCUAAACAAAGACUUCUGCUGAAUUAGUGUUGAUGGUGCCACUAAGUAGGAAAUGUAUAAUAAAAAUAUACAUUAUUAAUUCACGUAGAAUUAGCCUUGAUUCAAACUCAUCAGAUUAUUUCUUUCUCAAAAGGAUAUAGUCUCUCUAAAAAUCUUUCAAUAUGAAAAGAAUUUCCGUAUCACAUUAAAUCUGAUAUGAAACAAUAAAAAUUCUUUUAACCCAGUCAUGACUAAUAGUACAGAAUAAAAAUAAAGCUGUCCUGUGUGAUGAUUGUGGGAAGCGGGGGAGGAGAGUGAAGGUGCAAGAGGGCUUAGAGGGUAAUAAAUGGUGAUGGAAAAAAUAAAAGAAAUAAGCUUUCUGGAGAAGACAUAUCUACACUAAUAAAA